AUGGCCGUACAAUUGUGCCCCAGCCCCUUUGAUUUCAUCCAGGCCCUGAGAGGAGUUAACAACGCCUUUCUCACGGAAGAGCAUGUACCUGGUGCCGAUCUGACAGGAAAAUGGAUCAUCAUUUCCGGAUCCAACCAUGGCGUCGGUUUUGAAGCGGCGAAAUCUCUUGCAGCAAUGGGAGCAAAUAUGAUUCUGGCCUGCCGCGAUCCCCCGGCGUGGGAACUUCAUCCGACCGCGGCUGUGAAGCAAUGCCAGGCUCUCUCCGAGGGGCAGGGCCAUUCAUCAACCAUUGAAUGGUGGGAGGUUGACAUGGCAGAUAUUGACAGCGUCGAGGCCUUUUGUCAAAGGUGGAUAAAAUGCGAUCGCGCCUUGGAUAUACUGUGCAACAAUGCUGGACUCGUGUCAGAAUCGCAGAGCAGCAUGACAAAAGACGGCUUUCAGUUGGUCCAUCAGGUCAAUUUUCUAUCCCACGUUCUGCUGACGCUUCGUCUGUUACCAUCCUUGGCUCGUAGUGCAGAGCCCCGGAUUAUCUGUACAACUUCAUGCAUCCACCAUCUCGGACUUUUUGAUAUCGAUCAUUUCAAUGGCGGCCCAGAUAUGAGAGGCAACGAUUAUCAGAACAACAAGCUCUACUACCAGAUGUGGGUUACCGAGCUGCAAUCUCGAUUUCUCAGGCAUCCUGAAUAUCUCCACAUCACAGUCAAUGGAGUCCACCCCGGAUUUGUUGCGUCGGGAAUUUGGAAGCCCGUGAUAGCCACCGAGAAUAUAUUUACCAGAAUCCUAAAUCUACUCUUGCGGUUCGUGGCGGUUACACCGCAGCAAGGGAGCUUGGCCAUUACCCAUGCAGCCACUUGUCCGGAGUUUGGACCAGAUCCCCAGAAGCAGGGUGUCGGUCACCCGAAUGGACGGGGCGGAGGAAAAUAUGUCAAUCGCAUUUGGGAAGCGCCGCCAAAAUUCUAUUGCAAUGAUCCGGAUGCUCGAUCUAGACUGUGGACCAAACUAGACGAUGAGCUUCAUCUUCAAGAAAAGGGACUUCUCUCGAUCCUUGGUGUUUAG